UCUAGAUGGGUUCCAUUGUUACCAUCCAUGCACAACGUGUGCAUUUUUAUUGGUGGAAUAGUGUACUGCAAAUUUAAAGUUCACUCAUUCUGGGUGUAUUGUCUCGUAAGUUAUUAGGGUGACAAUUUUCAUUCUAUUUUUAGUGGUUAGUUAUAUGCGUACUGAUGCAUUCUUUGGCCUUUCUGCCCCCAGUUUCAGCAUGACUCGUGCAUUUAUAAUGACUGAUCUUGUGUGAUACCAGGGCUAUCCAGUUGGGGUAAUGUGGGGAAUACUAUAUGUUUUUGACCCAGGGGUCAGGAAGUAAAAACCAGAUCUUGUAUACAAACUUACUUGGUAGUUAACUCGCUUACAGAGUCAUGUCAUUUAGCCGACAUACUGGUGGAUGCGUAAGUAUUUUCUUAUUAUUUUUGUCUGUUGCACUGUUUAAACGUGCCUGUAGAUUUGUUGUUGUUAGAAACAUUUCUAGUUUUGCUAUUAUGUAUGAAAUGUCUGAUGUGUUUGCGUGAUGCCAUUAGUGACCCCUCUUCCAUACAACUCUGGCACUUUUAGAUGCGGCUGAAAAACAAUCUAGAUGAAGUUACUGCAGCAGGAACAUGCCAAGACCAUGCCAUCGAGACUCACAGAAACUGGAUGCAGCAUGGAGGUGACAUGUUCAUUUUGAGGAAAGGGUUGGAAGGAUGUGAAAUGGGGAAACCUACCAUGCAGACGUCCGAGACAGUGUCGGACACAGGUUCGACGGUGACGUUACAGACAUCUGUAGCAGGUCAGGCAGCAGUGCCUACCCAGGUUGUGCAACAAGUGCCAGUUCAACAACAAGUUCAGCAAGUACAGACUGUUCAGCAGGUGCAACAUGUCUACCCAGCACAGGUACAAUACGUUGAAGGAAGUGACGCUGUCUACACAAAUGGAGCAAUCCGGACAACAACAUACCCUUACACAGAAACUCAGAUGUACAGCCAGAACACAGGGGGAAGUUACUUUGACACCCAGGGUGGAUCUGCACAAGUGACCACCGUGGUCUCAUCUCACAACAUGGUGGGCACUGGAGCAAUUCAGAUGGGGGUCUCUGGAGGACAAAUUAUUAGCAGCUCUGGUGGAACUUACCUAAUUGGAAACUCCAUGGAAAACUCAGGCCAUUCUGUCAGUCACACAACCCGCGCCUCUCCAGCAACAAUUGAAAUGGCGAUUGAGACACUGCAAAAGUCUGACGGCCUUUCAAGUCACAGAAGUUCACUUCUCAACAGCCAUCUCCAGUGGCUGCUGGACAACUAUGAAACUGCUGAGGGAGUGAGCCUUCCCAGAAGCACUCUCUACAAUCAUUACCUUAGACACUGUCAGGAGCACAAACUAGACCCAGUCAAUGCUGCCUCCUUUGGAAAACUUAUCCGCUCCAUAUUUAUGGGACUCCGAACGAGAAGACUGGGUACUAGGGGUAACUCCAAAUACCAUUAUUACGGGAUUCGUGUCAAGCCAGAUUCCCCUCUUAAUCGUUUACAAGAGGACAUGCAAUAUAUGGCUAUGAGACAGCAACCGAUGCAGCAGAAACAACGGUAUAAGCCUAUGCAGAAAGUGGACGGAGUGGGAGAUGGAUUUACAGGAAGUGGACAACAGACAGGUGCAUCUGUUGAGCAGACUGUAAUUGCCCAAAGCCAGCACCAUCAACAGUUUUUAGAUGCGUCUAGAGCACUUCCAGAAUUUGCAGAAGUUGAAAUCUCUUCUCUGCCAGAUGGUACAACCUUUGAAGAUCUCAAGUCACUGCAGACUCUUUAUCGGGAGCACUGUGAGGCAAUAUUGGAUGUUGUUGUAAACUUACAGUUUAGCUUGAUUGAGAAGCUGUGGCAGACUUUCUGGCGUUACGCUCCGACCUCUACAGCUGAUGGCACCUCCAUUACAGAGUCUGGCAACCUAAGUGAAAUGGAAAGCAGGCUCCCAAAGUCAAAGUUGAUUUUGCUCUGCAAAAAUGAAUUGAUUCUGAAGUGGAUGUGCAACUGUGACCAUGUGAUGUAUCAAGCUUUGGUGGAGAUCCUAAUUCCCGAUGUCCUAAGACCAAUUCCUAGUGCCUUGACCCAAGCCGUUCGUAAUUUUGCAAAAAGCCUUGAAGGUUGGCUCUCUAGUGCCAUGAGUAAUAUUCCACAGAGAAUGAUGCAAACCAAGGUUGCUGCUGUAAGUGCCUUUGCUCAAACUCUGCGAAGAUAUACAUCUCUCAAUCACCUGGCGCAGGCAGCCCGUGCUGUGCUUCAAAACACAUCUCAGAUUAAUCAGAUGCUCAAUGACCUCAACCGUGUUGACUUUGCCAAUGUCCAGGAACAGGCUUCUUGGGUGUGCCAGUGUGAUGAUAAUAUGGUGCAGAGAUUAGAAACAGACUUCAAGAUGACUCUUCAGCAGCAAAGCACUUUGGAGCAGUGGGCUGCUUGGUUGGACAAUGUGGUGACACAAGCAUUGAAACCUUAUGAAGGGAGACCCAGCUUUCCAAAGGCAGCACGACAGUUCCUCCUAAAAUGGUCAUUUUACAGUUCCAUGGUUAUUCGCGACUUAACCUUGCGCAGCGCUGCUAGCUUUGGCUCUUUCCAUCUGAUUCGCCUUCUCUAUGAUGAAUACAUGUUUUAUUUAGUUGAACACCGGGUUGCCCAGGCAACUGGAGAAUCACCAAUAGCAGUCAUGGGAGAGGUUUCAGGUCUAUUAUAUCAGCCUAUUGAGAUAAGCUUCACUCACUUCUCUCAAAGUCAUAGAAUGUUUGGCGACUUAACCGAUGGAUCUCCUGGUAAUAUGGAAAAAGAUGAGGGAAGUGAUGUAGACAGUGAAAUGGACGAUGAAAUGGAUGACUGUGGAGAGCCCCUGGCAAAGAGGGAGAAGACUGAGUUGGCUCAGGCAUUCCAGGUGGGCUGUAUGCAGCCAUCACUAGAGGGCAACGUCCAGCAGAGCCUGGUUUUGAACCAAAUACACAGCGAGCACAUUGUCUCAAGCACUCAGACCAUCAGACAGUGCAGUGCCACUGGGAAUACCUAUACUGCAGUCUAGUGAAUAUGAAAGAUUUUCAAAAGAAGUUUAUAAUAUAUGUAUGAUGGGCUUAAGAGUAUGGCAGAAACGCAGAAUACGCCUGAAGGUCGACUGUUGUCAAAUUUUCCUAUUGUGACCUUAACUUUCUUUGUCAACCUUUCCCCAAGCACACUUUCCUCUACUUUUCUCAGUGUACAAACAUGUUUUUCUUUGUGCUUGGUGUUAACGUUGUUUUUAUAUGAUUUCUGGUUUUAUUCAUGUUAUUGUUUCAAGCAGAUUGUAUCACAAUUCCUAAUUCCUUGACGUUCCACUGGAGUUGUUUUAAUACUGGAUUUUUUUUUAUAUCUAUUUUACUGCUGAGUUGUAUUGUAGUUAUUUUAUUAGUUGCACAUCUUUUUAAGAAAAUGCUGAUCAUUUACACUGGAGAAAAAAGGUGCGGCAGCAGACGAAUGACACUCAUUUUGGGAAUCCCCUUAUCUAUGUAAGAUAAGAUAGUUCUACCUAUGGAGGUAAAUGUUUUGGCGGUUGUUCUGUUGUGCGAAGGGAGUAUUCAAGCAACUUCUUUGUGCCCUACAAAUCACUAUCGUGGCCUGCAUAAAAUAGUGCAGUAUGCUAAAGUUGUGAAAAAAAAGUAUGCUUUUGUGUAACGGUGAACAACGCAAUCAACUUCCGUUAACUGUAUCCAUCUGUUUUAGGAAGAUGCCUGUAAAGGCUGAGGGUCUCUUAGCAAGCAUCUUUCUGUAACGUUUAUUCAGCUAGGUGCAUCCUUAGCUACACUGUUAAGAUACUACUGAUUGUGCAUUUGAUACUAUUGCACAAAUGCUAUAUGCUGUUAAACCAUGCUGAUAACUGAAGGUAUGAGAUAUAAAAACCCAAAUUCUGGGCUUAUUCAGUAAAACUGCACAAACUACAAUGAUUACAUGCAAAGUGCAGUAACCCAAAAAAAAAACAAUCACAUUUCUGUGAAAUGGAGUCAAAUCCACAACAAUGAUUUCUGAUUUGUUGGUAUCCAUUAUUGAACUUUGCAUAUUGCUCUUAUCCUUACUGAUUAAGUCUAGCAUAAACCUUUAACCUCUUCAACCCUGAUGGGUUCUUUGAAGCAGUGCAAAAUGACACAGUAGACAUAGCCUCACGGUCAAAAUGAAGUGGAAGGAACCUAAUCUGAUGUUACCAAAAGAGUGCCAUGUCAAGACUCAAAACUCAGGGAAGAUGGGGUUAAAGACAUGUAUGUGCAGAAUAGAUAAGGGCCAAUGUCAUAUGUUUGUGUUCCUGCUAUUCCAGAAACUAUUUCAUAACAGUAGUUCAUUCUGCUGCUAUUAAGCUGUGUACGUGUGUGUGUGUGCAUGUAAGCGUGUGUGUGUGUUUUUAUAUAUAUAUAUAUAUAUACGCACACACACAAAUACAGAAAUUAUAGAAUGCAAGGAAUGUAGCAACCUGCAUAGUAUUUAGGAUUAAGAACCUAGGUUCUUAGAACUGCAGUUCAUGAUACCAAGGUUGAGAUUUUUAGAGACUGCUGUUCAAACAAGCUUUCUUUAUUGGAUAUGUUGCAACUUUACUGUGUAGACAGACUGAUUUAUGAUCAGUAAGCCACGUGCCUAUCCUUAACAGAUAUUUUGUUUUUAGAUUCUACAUACAUUUCCCAGACACCUAAGCACUAUUGAUAUUAUUACAUUAAAAACUAGGCUUUCUCUUUAGGCAUUUCAGAAAGCUUUAUCUGGCUAAGCAUCUACCGUAUAUAUGACAUGUCUAUUAUUGCCCUUCUUUUUCUGCUGACUUUCAGGCCUGGUAAUUCACCCAGUAACAUCAUGCCAUUGCUCAGUAUUAUUAAAGGUAGCCUUCCACUUUACGAUUUCUAAUCCGUUGAAUUUUGGAAGCAUUUUUUUUUAUGAACAAGACUAAUUGAAAAGCCAUCAUGUUCCUUGAAAUAUAUCAGCCUAGUUAUGUAAGAAGCAUAACUUGGCUGUACACAAAUUUAUUUCAAUAUCCUAUUUCUCAUUUUGUACCAGAGAAACACCAAGAUAAAUCGAAUCAAUAGGACUCAUGUGCCUUUAAAGGAAGCUUGUGUGAAUGUAUCUUUUAUAUAAUAACCAGGGCAUCAAGGACUGCUGUAUUAAUGUGAGUAGGAUAAAGUGUGUGAAAAGAGUAAAGUGCGUGUAAUAUAUUUUAGGCAGUGUACCUGGCACACCUCACUGGAACUUGUCCCCAUUUGUGUAGGGUUUGAACAGGUGGCUAGACACACCAUUGCCAUUUAAGAAUGUACAUCAGGGAUCACAGUACCUCGCCUAUUUCAUGGUGCCUUAAACAGAACUGAAGCUAAGGUGUAGUUGAAUUAUUUUCGUUCUUGUUAAAUCACUUUUUUUUUCCGCA